AGACCAGCUAACCAAGCGUUCCAGCUAUAUAGGAGCAACGAGCCGAGAGCUUGAGCAAGUUGAGGCACACUCACGGCUAGCAUGGCGAGGCUCGCGCUCGCGGCGAUGGCGGCGGCGCUGCUGCUGGGCGUGGCGUCAGCGCAGGGCGUGGGCUCCAUCAUCACGCAGGACGUGUACAACGCCAUGCUGCCCAACCGCGACAACUCCAUCUGCCCCGCCAACGGGUUCUACACCUACGACGCCUUCAUCCAGGCCGCCAGCGCCUUCCCGGGGUUCGGCACCGGCGGCAGCGACGAGGCCAACAAGCGCGAGCUCGCCGCCUUCUUCGGCCAGACCUCCCACGAGACCAACGGCGGUGCUGCCGGCCAGUACACAUGGGGGUACUGCUACAAGGAAGAGAUCAACAAGGGGACGUCCCCUCCCUACUACGGGCGGGGACCCAUCCAAUUGACAGGGCAGGCCAACUACCAGCAGGCCGGGGACGCGAUCGGCGAGGACCUGGUGGGCAACCCGGACCUGGUGUCGACGAACGCAGUGAUUUCGUUCAAGACGGCCAUCUGGUUCUGGAUGACGGCGCAGCCGCCCAAGCCGUCGUGCCACGACGUGAUCCUGGGCAAUUGGGCGCCGUCGGACGCCGACGCCGCCGCGGGGCGGGUGCCCGGGUACGGCGCCAUCACCAACAUCAUCAACGGCGGGUUCGAGUGCGGCGUGGGGCCCAACGACGCCAACGUCAACCGCAUCGGCUACUACCAGCGCUACUGCGAUAUGUUCGGCGUCGGCUACGGCGACAACCUCGACUGCUACUCCCAGCAGCAUUUCUGAUCAGCUGCGGAGCCGCGUUACUGCUACUCCCAGGCUCCCAGCAGAAUUACUGUGUGUGUGUGUCUGAUCUCUACGAAUAACUGGCUUAUGCGCCGUCUUUAAGUCAAUAAAGACACUGAUGAUUUGAUCC